AUGUUGUGCAUAAAUAAACAAUUCAGAGAUAGCUCCCAUGGCUAUGUUCCUUGUUUUUUACCUCUGUACACAAAUUUCACCACCCCAAUUGUCUCAACCAAGGCCAUUCCACGCCCAAUUGGCUUCACCCUCUCUAGUCCGUUACCAUUCCCAACACACCCACUUGCAGAAGCCGAACCCUUUCGCCUAAAACAACCUCCAUCACUCACCACAACCAGAGCUCUCAAAGAGUGGCAGGAGUAUGAGGAAGCAGUGAAAGACAAGGACCUGGCUCAAGCUCUUCGCUUCUUGCAAGAUAUCCCAGUCGAACCCCACAAUUCUUCGAUUGACUCAACUCUGUCUAGGGUUGGUAAUGGUGAAUUGGGACUGUUUGGAUUGGACAAGGAUUGGGAGGUGUUAGAUACAUGCUUGAAUGCUGAUGAUAUGAGGCUUGUUGGCAGUGCCUAUGUUUUUCUCAAAGACCGGGGCUUAUUGCAAACUUUUGGAAAAUAUCGAAAUAUAGGUAUUAUUUUUGGCAUAGUUUUGGAUAUUUUGGAGGGACCAAGAGAUGUUACACCAACUGUUUUGAAGUUGUCAACUGGUCUGGAAGUGACGUUAAAAUGUCUAAGUUCUUCUUCUUCUUCUUCAUUGUUUUUCUGUGGCCCAAUUUCUAAACUUUCACCAAAGAAGUGGGGUCUUUCUAGAAGCUCUAGGGUCGUUUUGGUUGGUUUACUUGCUGAAGUGUCAUUUUUGCGUAAUCAAGGAACAGAUAUCAGGCCAAACCUAGCAGCCACAUUGGGAUUAGCCAUGAUAGACUCAAUAUUCCUUGGUGGAUCUUGUUUGGCUCAAAUCUCAAGUUACUGGCCUCCAUAUAAACAUCGAAUUCUUGUGCAUGAAGCAGGUCAUCUUCUUAUCGGUCUACAAAUUGAUAUUAGUGAUCACAAGUUAGGGACUACUCUCAGCAUACUUAUGGGGUGCCCAAUUCGUGGGGUAAUUUUAGACCCCAUAGUCGCGAUGCAAAUGGGCAUUCAAGGGCAGGAACUCAGUUUUGGGAUGAGAAACUGCAAAAUGAACUUGCUGAAGGUCGACUCAGUGGUACUGCCUUUGACAGGUGGGCUGAGGCUCGUCUACGGAGAGGCUGAGGAUGGAGAAAAUGAUGAAAAUCUGUUCAGGAGCGUCUGUGUUCUCCUAGAACCCCCACUAUCUAUGGCACGGAUGUCAAAUCAAGCAAGGUGGUCAGUUCUGCAAUCUUAUAAUCUGCUCAAAUGGCACAAACAUGCUCAUCGAGCUGCUGUAAAAGCUUUGGAAAGUGGAGGUAGUUUGAGUCGGGUCAUCAGGAGAAUUGAGGAUGCCAUGUCUUCCGGCAAAUGA